GCUGUGUGCCCCCAGACCCCGAACGCCGAGAACCUGCCCCCCCAGACCCUGCGCCUGCUGUGCCGCGAGGUUUCUCUGCUCAGCGCCGACCCCCCCGACGGCAUCAAGGUGUUCCCCAACGACGAGGACGUCACCGACCUGCAGGUGGCCAUCGAGGGGCCAGAGGGCACCCCCUAUGCCGGGGGCGUGUUCCGCAUGAAGCUGGUGCUGGGCAAGGACUUCCCGGCCGCGCCCCCCAAGGGAUUCUUCCUGACCAAGAUUUUCCACCCCAACGUGGGCCCGGGCGGGGAGAUCUGCGUCAACGUGCUCAAGAGGGACUGGAGAGCCGAGCUGGGGCUGCGCCACGUGCUGCUGGUCAGACUGGGAGCACUGGGAGGGACUGGGAGCACUGGGAAUGGGACUGGAGAGCCGAGCUGGGGAAUUUGGGGGGUCCCAGACUCGAUUUGGGGGUCCUGA